AUGUCUGGCCGUGGCAAGGGAGGCAAGGGAUUGGGCAAAGGAGGAGCAAAGAGGCACAGAAAAGUCCUCCGCGAUAACAUCCAGGGUAUAACAAAGCCCGCCAUUCGCCGGCUGGCCAGAAGGGGUGGCGUUAAGCGCAUUUCUGGGUUAAUCUAUGAAGAAACUCGUGGGGUUCUGAAGAUUUUCUUGGAAAAUGUGAUCCGUGAUGCUGUCACCUACACUGAGCACGCUAGAAGAAAGACUGUGACGGCCAUGGAUGUUGUUUAUGCUUUGAAGAGGCAAGGCAGGACUCUUUAUGGAUUUGGUGGGUAG